CAUGACCGUACCCCCCAUGUGGUAGGGCAGUCCCACAGUACAAUACCAUAUUCUGAUGGCUUUCUGCUGGUGUGUACAGGACUCUAGUGUGAAGCUCAGUGAACUGGAAGUGUCCCUUGCACCAUCAAACAUGGUGGCAGCUGCACCCUGCCACCACCACACCUGUCACGGGCAGGUAAUGACAGUUCCUGGUUGUGCCUCUUCCUGUACUGCCAGUCUCCUCCCUGGCGCUGCCUGCUGGGCAUUUACCGGGUAGCUGAGGUACCAGCCCCCGGUUCCCCACUCCUUUACAGGCGGACUGCUGCCGGAAACCGUCAGUUAAUGAUUUAUCAGCAGGAAGGCCAUUACUGUAUACAUUAUCACCCAGGCUGGCGCUUUCAGCCAUGACAAGCACCCGCCUGUUCCUUUAACGUCCUCUGGCAGGUUGAUAUCCUGACGUCACCUGCUGGCGAGGGGCUGCCAGGCGGAGGAGGAGGAAAGCAUCUGCUCGGCAGCUAUGGCAGAGCACGGGGACCGCGCGAGGAGACGCAGGGCACAGGAUGCGGGCUCGCAGAUGGAUACACAACGUGUGUUUGUUGCUCCACCAUCUCCAGAGUUGUCCACAAGGCCUGUGACCUCUCCUCGACUUAGUCCAACAGGAUCAGGUAGAUCUCAGCCUGAGGGUUCUAGCGCUUCACAAGCUUCACUUCCAGUGGGACAGCUGUCUAUCCGUCCUUUAGCACCAGUGGGAUCUUCUGCUCCUGAUCGGUCACAACCAGAAGGAUCCUUGAGACUCCACCCUGUGGGUUCUCAGUUCAGUCCAAAAGAUGAGUCUGCUAGAUCACAACCUGAGGGAUAUUGUCCAAGUCUCUUAUCUCCAACCCAUCAAUAUAGGCCACUUCCACCUUCUCCAUCCUCACCUCAUGGAUCUCCAGCCCCUAGCCCAAGAGGAUCACCACAACCUAGGAGAUCCCAAGCUUCUCCACGACCUAUUAGAUUUCAGGAACCUUGCAUGAGAUCUGAUUCCAAUCAACUGUUCCAAGUUGAAGUAGACAAAUCAUCUUUCAAUGGUGCCGAACAAAACAAAGCUGCAGAGGAUUUUAGGAUAUAUAUCAUUACGUGGAAUGUCGGCUGUUCUGUGCCACCCUCAGACCUCACUGGUCUUCUAUGCCUUAAUGCUGGAGAUGGCAAGACCGAUAUGUUUGUUAUCGGGUUACAGGAGGUCAACUCUAUGAUCAAUAAGCGUCUAAAGGAUGCACUGUUUUCAGAUCACUGGAGUGAAGCGUUCAUGGAUAUCUUGAGUCCCUUCAGCUAUGUGCUGGUCAGCUCGGUGCGGAUGCAAGGUUGCCUUUUGUUGGUGUUUGCAAAGUAUUUCCACCUGCCCUAUCUACGUGAUAUCCAAACUGACUGCACAAGGACUGGCUUAGGGGGUUACUGGGGAAACAAAGGUGGUGUCAGCAUUCGGUUAUCUCUGUUUGGACACAUGGUUUGCUUUCUGAACUGUCACUUGCCAGCUCACAUGGAAAACUCUGACCAGCGUGUGGACAAUUUUGAGAGUAUUCUGCAACUUCAGCAAUUUCAGGGUCCGCUGGCAAAUGGUGUCCUAGACCAUGACUUGGUGUUCUGGUUUGGGGACCUAAAUUUCCGAAUAGAUGAUCUAGACCUGUAUUUUGUGAAGUCUGCUAUCCAAGGCAGCAAGCUGUCUCUGCUUUGGGAAAAAGAUCAGCUAAACAUAGCAAAAUGCUGUGAACCUGUGUUGUCUGGCUUUAUGGAAGGACCCCUGACCUUUCCUCCCACCUAUAAAUAUGAUGUUGGGACCAACACCUAUGACACUAGUUCUAAGAAGAGAAAGCCUGCGUGGACUGACAGAAUUCUGUGGAAAAUGAAAAAUCCAAUUUCACAGUCAGACACAAGCUGCAGCAUGUCUGAGGGGAUGUCAGUGACACUGCUCAGCUAUGGAUCCCAUAUGCAUUACACAGAGAGUGACCACAAACCAGUAUCUUCUAUUUUUUCUGUAAAGUUUUCUGCCUGUCUUGUUGCCCCGCUGGUCCACAUUUGGGUACAUGAUGAGUGGCUACUGCCUUCAGAUGCCCGCGUCACCUACAGGUGGUCUCCUAUUUACAUGAAGAGUUCUUGGGAUUGGAUUGGACUUUAUAAGGUUGGGUUUCGACAUCAUAAAGAUUAUGUAUCUUAUAUUUGGGUGAAAACAGAGGAAGACACAGAUGGAGGAAGAUACAAGCACCAGGUAAUGUUCAGUGAAGAAUCACUUCCCAAAGGCACUGGUGAAUAUCUUCUUGGCUACUACAGUAAUAAUAUGAGCACCUUAAUUGGGGUUACAGAGCCCUUUCAGAUCUCCCUGCCAGGUUCUGAACCAAGCUCGGCCUCUGACAGUUCAGACUCCAGUUCAGAGGAUGAUAACAGCAGUCAUGUCCUCCUCCGGCCCAAAUCCCGCAGCCCCAGUCCAGCAAAUGUUCGCUCCCCACGAAGCAGAAGCCCAGCACUUGCACGUUUCCAUGAUCUUAUCCUUCCCAGUUCCUCCCGACAGAAGAGUCGAAGUCCAUCCCCAUGUGGGGCCAAAAGCCCCAAACAAGAGAGGCCUCAAAGGCCACGAUCUAGGGAAACCACCCGUGAACCAAGAAGUUAUAAAGUCCACAGCUCUCAGGGGUCCCAGACCAUUGUUGUGCCCCCCGUGAGACCUGCAGCUGUGGGCCAAGGCUUUAGUCCAAAAGGAACAACCCCUGUCUCCCCUAAUUCAUUUCGUAGAGAGUCCAGCCUGACAGUCCCUGCUUCUAAAAGUACAGACUCACAAAAUCAAAUGCAGAGUCUAGACAGAUCAAAGUAGAAUACAUGUCGUGUGGUCAUUUGCACCAGGGUGAAAGUUUUCUUGGCCAUUAGAUCAGUAAAUCAGAGGUUUUAUUUCAUUAUGUUUUACAACGUGUAUGUUGUUACUUUGAUUUAUGUUUAAUCUGAAAUGCAGUACUCAAAGAUUACCACUAGGUGUCAUUAUAGGCACAUUAAAAUCAGGUAUACAAACACGCAUGGUAAUCUUACCUACAGAUGUACACCAGUCCCUAAAAUGAAUAGGAAUUUGUGACUGGUCUAAAAAUUGGCUGAUUUAUGGGGGAAAAAUUGAGAAAUCUGAUUAAAUUGAGACCAAAGUCUUACUUUCUAAUGAAGAAAGAAUUUGAGAAAGAAUGGUUAUAUACAUGGCUACACUGUGAAUUUAAUUUACACAAAUGUUAUAUGAGAUGUUAUUGCAGAAAUGAAAACCUGUUGUGCA